AUGACGGUUUCAUACACCCUCAAAGUAGCGGAGGCCCGCUUCGGAGGCUUCUCUGGCCUGCUUCUCCGUUGGAGGGGAAGCAUCUACAAGCUCCUCUACAAGGAGUUCCUCCUAUUCAUCGCCCUUUAUGCUCUGCUCAGCAUCACCUACCGGCUGUUGCUGACCCAGGAACAGAGGCAUGUGUAUGCUCAGGUGGCCCGAUACUGCAACCGCUCUGCAGACCUCAUCCCCUUGUCCUUUGUACUGGGUUUCUACGUGACCUUGGUGGUGAACCGCUGGUGGGCCCAGUACACAAGCAUCCCACUGCCGGACCAGCUGAUGUGCGUCAUCUCGGCCAGCGUGCACGGCGUGGACCAGCGCGGCCGCCUGCUGCGCCGCACCCUCAUCCGCUACGCCAACCUGGCGUCGGUACUGGUGCUGCGCUCGGUCAGCACCCGCGUGCUCAAGCGCUUCCCCACCAUGGAGCACGUGGUGGACGCAGGUUUCAUGACCCAAGAAGAGAGGAAAAAGUUUGAGAGCCUGAAAUCUGACUUCAAUAAGUACUGGGUCCCCUGCGUCUGGUUCACCAACCUGGCGGCCCAGGCCCGGAGGGAUGGGCGAAUCCGUGAUGACAUUGCUCUCUGCCUGCUCCUGGAAGAGCUGAACAAGUACCGGGCCAAGUGCAGCAUGCUGUUCCACUAUGACUGGAUCAGCAUCCCCCUCGUCUACACCCAAGUGGUGACCAUAGCAGUAUACUCCUUCUUUGCCCUCUCCCUGGUUGGCCGCCAGUUCGUGGAGUCAGAAGCAGGGGCUGCGAAACGUCAGGAGUCUCUGGAGGCAGGGCCAGCCCUGGGGGACCUGGACAUGUACGUGCCUCUCACCACUCUGCUGCAGUUCUUCUUCUAUGCUGGCUGGCUCAAGGUGGCAGAACAGAUCAUCAAUCCCUUUGGUGAGGAUGAUGACGACUUUGAAACCAACAAGCUUAUAGACCGCAACUUGCAGGUGUCCCUGCUCUCCGUGGAUGACAUGUACCAGAACCUGCCUCCUGUGGAGAAGGACUCAUAUUGGGAUGAGGACUCUGCGCAGCCGCCCUACACUGUGGCCACUGUGGCCGAGUCGCUGCGGCCUUCCUUCCUGGGUUCCACCUUCAACCUGCGCAUUAGUGAUGACCCUGAGCAGAGCCUGCAGGUAGAGGCGUCCCCUGGGCCAGCCCGGCCGGUGACCGCUGCGCAGACCCCGAUGCUCGGCCGCUUCCUGGGCGUAGGAGCACCCUCGCCAGCCAUCAGCCUCCGGAACUUUGGCCGCAUCCGAGGAGCCCCCCGGACCCCUCACCUGCUGCGCUUCCGGGCCGAGGAGGGCGGUGACCUCGAGGCCGCAGACCGCAUCGAGGAGGAGGCGUCGGGGUCAGGGGAUGAGGCUCAGGAGCCCUGA